CGCCACCUUCGAGGGUUGCGCUGGUCGUAACGAAAAGCGAUAGCAUUGAAAAGGGUGACACUGCAGCUGCUACUGGAUGUAGGAAAGAGAGUCAACAUAAGUCACGUUCUUCGUCCUCGAAGUCGGCCGUGCCGCGAAAGCGAUGUUGUCCUGCAGCGAACGCACAGACGAGUCGCGGAGAGAGCGCUGCGAAUGUAAAGACGACGCGAGGAAGCGAAAAAUGUAUGCCUGGCGGGCGCGCAGCAUGCAACAUGUCGAGGCCGGAGAAUCAAGCUAGCCACGUCCGUGGCCGCACUAAUCAGGAACUCAACACCAAGAAGCCGCCUGCGCGAGCCAAAUCAGCGCGAGAAAGAGGGAAGUCGGCCAAUCCUGCGGCCUCAACACACCGACACGGACUAUUUUCAAAAAAUAUUCGCGCUCGAUCCGCAUCGAUCGAUAGAAGAAAACCAUCACGCUCUAGUAGUACAAGUGCAGCAACUAGGCAGGAAACCAAGAAGGAAAAAAAGUCUGCCAUCACUGCUGCGGAUGACCUUGGUACUUAUUCUGCGCAAUACGUGAACAAUCUCCGUCGUUUUGAGCGCAUUCGAGGUGCCGGCUCUCAACAGUGGCCAUGGCGCCGCCGCACUGAUGAUCAUCUGUACCUUUCGACUGCUCAGAAACGGCAGCUCUGCCGCAGAUUGUGGGAUCAGCGACGCUCUUUCUCUGCCGUCUCUGACACAGAUGGCCGUGGGCGCCGACGCGCGGCUCUGCUCCGUUAUCGCGAGCCAUUUAAUACCUCUUGGGUUUACAAAAGACGCGCAGGGGGCAACAAAUUAGCGUUCAUCAUGAGUACAACGAG